AUGAACUCCGCUAACGCUUCAGCGCGCGAUCAGGCGCUCAGCUACUAUUCUAACCCUCGUUUCAGCCAAGAGUUCAUUCUUCCUGGAACUGCAAACCAUGAAGCCAUCACCAUUAGCUAUGCCGACUUAGGUUUCAAACCCGAAUCUCCGACUGCUAAUCGGAGCACGCCAACUGUGCUCUUCAUCCCCGGCAUGUUUGGGUCCAGAUAUAUCGGAGCUGUUCUGGAUCCAGUUGCGCGUAAAUUUGGAGUGCGAGUUUUGGUGGUUGACAGGCCGGGAAUGGGCCGCUCAACGAGCGUGCCGUUUCCUCAGCGGCUUUCAACGUGGAUUCGACUUGUGCCUCUUCUACUGGCACAUCUGGAUAUUGAGCAUGUUGCACUAGUUUCGCAUUCUGCUGGAACGAUGUACCUUCUUAACACGUUGCAUCAUUAUCGAAAUAUAUUACAUCCAGAGAAGCCUUUUGUCGCAUUGAUGGCGCCUUGGGUUGAUCCCGCACAUUCCAAAGCGACAUUAUGGCAGAUGGCUCAAUAUGUUCCAACACAGGCCUUUGGCCUAUGGAACCACAUUACGCCUGCAUUCGCUACCAGUGGAACUAUUUUUACCAAAACUGCUAGCUUCUUCUCUUCGUCUAUUGACAAUGGUGACGGGCAAGAGCUCUCGUCCCGGAACAGGGAUAGGCAAAAGCUAGCGGCUGCCUACGACUUGCCAAGAGAUGUACAAUUAGAACUGGAAACGAUGCUUAUGAAGAAAAUAUUCGGUGAAAACACCACUGGUGCGAAUGAUGAAGCCCUUCAGUGUUUGAGAAAAGGCAAGGGAUGGUCGUGGGGAGAGUGUGAUGACUACAGUGUCUUUGUGAAAGCACUUGUGAGCGCUGAGAGACAAAAAAAACAGUUGGAUCCAAACUUUCAAGACAGCAUGAAGCUGAAAAUUAGAGCAUAUUUUGCCGAAAGCGAUGUUAUGAUUGGCGUCGGUGGUCAGAAGUACGUUGAAGAAUGUUGGGGGUGGCCAGAGAGCCUAUUUGAUGAUGUGAUUGACUUUAGCUCAGUUACAGUUGCUGGCACUGACCACGACAGUGUUAUGCAAUCCAUUGAAGUGCUGGAAAAGCUUUUCGCGGAUGCCGGGGGCAGUUCGAUGCGAUAG